AAAGUGCAAGGCAGGUUUGAUUUUCUUCUUUCUUUCAGGUGUCUCCUAAUUUGUUGGAGACACCAACAGUUUAGGCUUAGUUUUUUGCUUCGUUAUUGCUCCUAAAGUUGCAGGUACUAUGUGAAAGCAUUGUUCUGCUUAACAUCUUCUUGGAAGUACACGUUAAGGCAAACAAGAGGGGGUGUUCAUCAAAAGCGUUGAAGGAGUCUUGCAAUUUUCUUGGGAAUUCUGGUUAACUUAGUCCAAGAAAAUGGCCCUCGCAUCAACAGUUUCGGUAGUUCUGGGCUCAAUUGCCUUCGGAAUAUUUUGGGUGCUAGCUGUUUUCCCUGCAGUUCCCUUCCUCCCUAUAGGAAGAACUGCUGGAUCUCUACUUGGUGGCUUGCUAAUGGUCGUCUUCCGAGUCGUCACCCCCGACCAAGCCUACGGUGCCAUCGACAUGCCUAUCCUCGGCCUCCUCUUUGGGACCAUGGUGGUCAGCAUCUAUCUCGAAAGAGCCCACAUGUUCAAAUACUUGGGUCGCCUGCUUUCAUGGAAGUGCAAAGGUGGCAAGGACUUGCUAUGCCGAAUCUGCCUUAUUUCGGCCUUGUCCAGUGCAGUAUUCACCAAUGACACCUCCUGCAUUGUGCUUACAGAGUUUGUUCUCAAGCUCGCAAGGCAGCAUAACCUGCCACCCAAACCAUUCCUUCUAGCAUUAGCAUCCAGUGCCAAUGUUGGGUCCUCUGCAACUCCCAUUGGUAACCCACAGAACUUGGUUAUAGCUGUUCAGGGUAAAAUUCCUUUUGGAAAAUUCUUCAUGGGAAUCCUCCCUGCGAUGCUAAUUGGGGUGGUUGUCAACAUAGUUCUCAUUCUAUGCAUGUAUUGGAAAGAACUAACAAUUACCAAGACUGAAGAGGAGGUGAUGGAGGAGGGGGUCGUUCAGGAAGAAGUCCUCUCCCAUAAAUUCUCUCCUGCAAGAAUGUCUCAUACCCCAGAGAGGAACGCAACGCCCGGUAAGAAGGCUGAGGAAGGGGUGAUGGAGGAGCCAGCCAUGGAGGAUGAGAUUAGCUCCCAUAAAUUCUCUCCUGCGAGAAUGUCGCAUAUGACCCCCGAGGUGGUUCAUGGGAAUGAUGCCGAGAAGAGUAGUUCAUGGACUGGUGGCUUUACAAAGCCUUCUUUGCAAGUCUCUGAUGUGAAGAAACUUUUAGCCAAGAAGACCGUUGGGAUGCUGAUCGCUUUGCUUAUGGGACUAAAUAUGUCAUGGACUGCUAUCACUGCUGCCCUUGUGCUUGUAGUUAUCGAUUUCAAAGAUGCAGGACCCUGCCUUGAGAAGGUUUCAUACUCCCUACUGAUAUUCUUCUGUGGAAUGUUCAUCACUGUGGAUGGAUUCAACAGAACCGGGUUACCAGGUGCUUUGUGGAACGCCUUGGAGCCUUAUGCACGUAUCAACCAUGCCAGUGGAGUGGCAGUGCUCUCCCUAGUGAUACUGCUGCUCUCAAAUGUUGCAUCAAACGUACCAACUGUGCUCCUGCUUGGAGGUCAGGUGGCGAGAUCAGCAGCAGCACUAUCUCCGGCGGAUGAGACAAAGGCAUGGCUCAUACUUGCAUGGGUGAGCACGGUGGCUGGCAACCUAUCCCUCCUUGGCUCAGCUGCCAACUUGAUUGUUUGUGAACAAGCACGGCGGUCGCAGCAUUAUGGGUACACUCUCACCUUCUGGGGCCAUAUUGUUUUUGGGGUCCCAUCUACGUUGAUCGUAACGGCCAUCGGUCUGCCUCUCAUCAGAGGUUAGCCGUGUUUUUUUUUUUUCUUUUCUUUUCUCGAAAUAAUAGUGGGAGCACCAUCAACUAAAAUUGUCUAGGUCAAAUACUUAGAAAAUACCUAGGCCAGCUUAUGGGCAAGAAUGGUGUUUGCCUUGUAAUGCAGUGUGCUUGUUUUAGUUGUAAUCAUGGAUGUUUUUGUGAGAUAUAUGGACAAAUAUGGGCUGUUUGUGAAUGAAUCUAGUUUGAAUUGUUUG